GUAGGACGUAACAAACGAUAGAAUAGAAUGCUACGCUACACAUGUAAUGAAACACAAUAAUAGAACGUAGAACACUAUAACAGAUAUAACAGAGCACUCUAGUAUACGACAGCACAAGUAAAAAAAAUAAAAAAUUGCGACGGUAGAUUUUUAUUAUAUUAGUAUUGUUUAAAAGAGGGGAAGAAGGAAAAUAUAAGUUAAAAGAAAAGAAAAAGGAGCGACUAUGUGGAGUGAAGUGGCGUGAUUCUUCGUGGAUUCUUUGGCCCCUGGAUUCUGGAUGUCGUUGGUCGCCGCGACGUCGUCGUCGUUCAGAGAGGGUGGACCGCGAGACAGGACGAGCCGCUUCCGAGGCCACGAUUGUUUCGAGUAACACGGUUCGCCACGCUCGAUAAUCGCCGCAAGCUCGUCUAUGAUGGCCAACGAGGAAACACAGAGACCGUACAGAACAACGUUACCAGUCCCAGGCCACUCGGAAGUGAACCUAUGCUCGGUGUUAACGCUGGGUAAAGAUCUAAGCAAAAUCACUAUGCCGGUCAUAUUCAACGAACCGCUCUCCUUCCUCCAGCGUGUCGCCGAGUACAUGGAAUAUGCCAAGCUACUUAAGCAAGCGGCCCAAGAAGAAACACCGAUCGGAAGGUUACAGUACGUCGCUGCAUUCGCUGUGAGUGCUUUGGCUUCGAACUGGGAGAGACUUGGCAAACCCUUCAACCCGAUACUUGGCGAAACCUACGAAUUGGAGCGUGAGGACUUCCGAAUAGUGUGCGAGCAGGUGUCGCAUCAUCCACCGGUAUCCGCGUUCCAUGCAGACAGCGACGAGUUCAUAUUCCACGGCACUAUACAUCCGAAAUUGAAAUUCUGGGGUACAUCCGUAGAGAUACAUCCGAAGGGUAUUGUCACUGUCGAACUUCCCAAAUGGAAGGAAGCGUACACUUGGCAGAACAUCAACUGCAUACUGCACAACGUGCUGGUCGGCCAACUGUGGAUGGAGCAGCUUGGCUCCCUCGAGAUCAAGCAGAAUGGCGGAGCAAACCUGAAAGCGUCUCUUUCUUUCAAGAGCGCCAGCUGCAACGGGAAGGACCUUCAUCGGGUCGAAGGCUUCAUAACGGAUCAAGAAAAAAGGAAGCUGCUGUUCCUUUAUGGGAAAUGGACGGACAGGAUGAAGGUGUGCGAUCCGGCGUUGUACGAGGAAGCGUUGGAGAAGGUGAAACGCGAGGCAAAGAGCCCGCAGGGUAGCCCCGGUCACAAGAAGGUCCUCGCGAAAUUGCACAGUCUCAAAGUUGGAGCUUUCAAACCCUCUCAUCAGGACGCAAUCGACGAUCCAUCAGCAAGCAUAGACGCGGACGACACUCCAACAGUCGAUGACAUUCCUGGAUCGAUUACUCUCUGGGAGGCUUCGCCAAGGCCAACCAACAGUGCAGAAUAUUACCAGUUCACAACGUUCGCCAUGUCGUUAAACGAACUGACACCGGAAAUGGAAAAGGUUCUAUGCCCGACGGACUCGCGACUGAGGCCGGAUAUUAGGAAAUUGGAGAACGGCGAUCAAGAUGGCGCCGCGGCUGAAAAGACGAGGCUCGAGGAGAAGCAAAGAGAGACGCGCAAAGCGCGCAAGCACAAGAAGGGAGAAGAAUGGACGCCCAGGUGGUUCCAAUUAGGUAUGAAUCCGUACACGAACCAAAUGGACUGGUUAUACCACGGCGGCUACUGGGAUCGUAACUAUGGCAACAUGGAAGAAAUCUUUUAAUAAACGUGGAAAGUUCGAGCGUAAUAAUCAAUUACGCGGCAAAAGUUGAAGGAAUUCGCUUGCAUGUUCUAUACGUACAAGUCGUACGAUAUAUAUACGAUAUAAUAAUCAAAGUGGUUGUCCUUCGAUUCGAAUUUUACAUCGUUGGUCGAUUCGCAUACGUUCACAAUGAUUUGUCUAUACAGUCUUGCUCGAAAGUUUCACGAUCAAAUUACCAUACUUUCCUUUUUUCGUCGAAAAUUAAGAAAAUAUUACGUGGUGACAAUUCGUUUUAAAUCCUCGGUCAGUGUCAAUAUAGAUUCGUUAUUAAUCUGUUAAUGCGUAACAAUUCUUUAGAAAUUACUGUGACGAAUCAUUUAUAUUAUUGUUGCCACGAGUAUUCGAUAACAAUAAUUUAUUGCAAAUAACAUUUUGAAGUAAUCUUCAAUUUUUAACUCGGCAAUUGCUAAUCUCUGUCCGAGAAGAAACUGACAGCAACAAAAUGGCCGCAUAAAUCACGACACGGUACCAUUCUAAAUAUUAAAUAUUUCGUUAACGAUAAAGUGAAAAUUCGUGCUACCUGAUAUACUUAGCAAGCUUACUAAAAAACAAAAAAAAAAAAAAAUGUAUGCAAACCGAAGAUUCACAAUCUACACCAAAGUUGUAUUAAAAACGGGGAAUGAUCGUAAGAAUUUUGAGCGAGAGUGUGUACGCGAAUCAAAUGGCACAAAACGCGCAAGCAUGACGCGUGUCACAAACAUUCCCUUCGAGGACGAAGCGCAGCUUUUCAGAAUAAAGAGCAGCAGUUUCUUUCCUGGCGUGGCAGUGCCAUCGAGACGACAAUUCCAGUUGCACGAUCGAUCAACGAAAAUGGAACCACGCGAGACUCGAGGACAAAUAGAUGCGAGAAGCGAAACUUUUAUACAACGCGCGCAGCUUUACACAGGUACAUCGAGUUUAUCCUCGACGACGGUGAGAUGACGGUACGAUGCUGGUUAAAAGUUUUGGAAUUAGUCGCAUCUCUUGACAAUUUAAUGUGAAUGAUCUGCUUGACUUGAAAUGAAAAUUUCAAUAUAAAUGUUGUUACCAAUGCUAUCGAUAUUUAAUUA